AUGCAUUCUGCACUCGCCGCACUCAUCCUCCUCUCAACGCCCAUCCAUGCGACCAUCACAGCCAAAGUCUGGGCUCAUUUCUACCCCAACUGCCCAGGCGACCCAUACUCGACCCUCGACGCAUACGAAAGCUACGAGGAAACUGCUCCCACAAAAGUCAUCACAGCCGGUGUAUGCACCAGCUUCGGUGUCCCAUCCUUCAAUCACCAACUCGUCAGCUCUAUCUCCGUCGACGCCGAGCUCACACCCGAAGAUUAUCAAAACUUGUAUCCUUCAGACACGGGCGCAAGGUGUAACAUCACCGUCCAUGAAGAGCCAGAAUGUAUCGAUCCGGCCCUGAUCAAUCAGGAACUUCACAAGGGGGUCGAGGUCAGCAAGUGCGAGACGCGCUCAUUCGCCGCCUUCAGUCAGAUAUGGAUACAGCUCAACUGCGAGAAUGAUGGCGAGGCGCUUCACUCUAAUUCUUCGCUUGGGCAAUCGUCCAACUCCACAUACGAAUCACGACUGGCAGAUUCCGGCGGCGAAGACGAUGUCGAAGCUCCAUCCAAGAUGCAGACACCCGGCUCAAACUCAAAUACAUGGGCCAACGCUCAAACAGGUCACGCAUCGCAGCAAGACCCCGAGCAAGUCGAGCGUGUCAAUCAAGACGGACACGCCGAGAGCGAGAAGAUCCUUCAGGAUCUCAUGGAGAGACUGAAAAAUCAAACUGCGACGCAUGUCAGUGGGAAGAGCAAUUCGACGCGGCCUGUGAAUGGGACCUUGCUCCAGAGCAAUGGCACUGUUUCGAGAAGUCCCGGCUUGAUCAAAAGACGUUUGUCUGUGCUGCGCAGGAGGAGGACAUGGGCAUGA